GUUCUCGCGCUGCGAUGUGUUAGCUUGAUACGCUGUCAUAAAUAGAGCAGCUCAUCAUCGUCUUGACAGAAAGUGUGGUCUUUGCAAAGCCCCUGUGUCUUACAUUCUGUGGGAGUUUGCGUCUACAAAGCUACAAGAAUGAUCCGUGAAGUGGACCAGCUCGAUGAAUUCAAGAAAAUCCUGGCAGAGUCGGGUGACAAGCUGGUGGUUGUGGACUUCACAGCAACAUGGUGCGGCCCCUGCAAACAGAUUGCCCCGCUGUACAAGGCAAUGUCAGAAAAACCAGAGAACAAUAACGUGAUUUUCCUGAAGGUGGAUGUGGACGAGGCUGAUGACAUUAGCAGGGAAUGUGAAAUAAAAUGCAUGCCCACAUUCCACUUCUACAAGGGGGGCAAGAAGGUGGAUGAUUUCUCCGGUGCCAACGUUGCAACCCUGGAGGAGAAGCUGAUUGCACUGAGAUAGAAGUCCGAAUAAAGAGAGCAGAAAAAACACAUAACAUAUAAACAGUUGAAGUUCACCUCAUGACACACCCAAAGGAGGAAUUACAGUAAUACUUCAUGUUGAACUGCUAUUACGUUUCAACUUGUCAUUAAUCCCCAGAUGAUCAGUUUAAGUUCUGCCUUUACUUUAGUCCAGGUGUGUUCUUUUUUCUACACUAACGAUGUAUGUUGUGUGACAUGUAUAACCUCUGUAUGGAUCUAAUAAAUGAAUCAAACACA